AUGUUAUAUUAUAUUUUAACAGAAGUGCAAUGCAAGGAGAAGUGGAAAAAUCUACGAACAGCUUUUGCACGAAGUAUGAAAAAACCCCCGUCAGGAAGUGCUGCCAAUAACAAAAGAUAUAAAGACUAUUAUUUGAAAGAUGUCAUGCAGUUUAUUCUUCCGUUCAUGAAGGUUAAGCCUCAAAGUAGCAAUUUAGAAGAUACCGAAGAUAAGGACGAGCAAAAUAGUGACAUUGAUAUUGUAGAUACAAACAUUAAUCAAGACAAUAGCGAUGUAUCUUUACACGAUGAAACACAAUAUACAUCAAAAGAAAGUUAUAAAAAAAAGGAAUCUAGAUGUGUCACAAGAUAA